UCCUCUCCGAAAACAUUCCGACGAGAAAAAUAAGGAGGUGAUAUGUAACAAGUCAGUGUAGGGCAAACAGCAGUCGUUCACCUUUGUAAAUAAUACCUUUGUAAAUGUCGACUUUGUGUGACAGCGGUGGCAGCAACGUCGGUUAAAUACAACUAUGCACCCGCAGAUGCUAUGUCGCGGCACAGCUACGGCUGUCGCUGCCAGGAGGAUGCGGAUUAUUUUGGGCGCCGUGUUGGGCAAAGACGGCUGGAUGUGGAGAAACCAUGAGGUCAAACUUGUCAGCACGUCCUCAGGUGAAACCGUGAAAAUAGGGGACAUUUCCUACAAACUAAAAACGCCACGCAACCCCGAACUUGUUCCUGUCAAACACAUUGCAGACUUUCUGCCCCAGGCUGUGGCUCAGCACCUGCGAUGGAUUAUGCAGAAAGACCUUUUGGGUCAAGAUGUAUUCCUCAUCGGACCCCCCGGACCCUUGAAGAGAACUAUCGCCAUGCAAUACCUUGAAUUGACCAAACGGGAAGUAGAGUACGUCGCUUUGUCCAGGGACACUACAGAGACCGACUUGAAACAGAGGAGAGAGAUUCGGGCCGGAACUGCCUUUUAUGUUGACCAGUGUGCCGUUAGGGCGGCCACUCAAGGCCGAGUUCUACUCCUGGAGGGUCUGGAGAAGGCGGAGAGGAACGUUCUGCCUGUCCUCAACAACCUGCUGGAGAACAGAGAGAUGCAACUGGAGGACGGACGCUUCCUCAUGGCAGCCGAGCGCUACGACAAACUGUUGCAGGAGCACACAAAAGAGGAGCUGGACGCCUGGAACAUUGUCCGCGUGAGCGAGGACUUUCGGGUGAUUGCCCUCGGCCUUCCCGUGCCCAAAUACAAAGGCAACCCGCUGGAUCCUCCACUCCGCUCUCGCUUCCAGGCCAGAGACAUCUAUUACCUGCCAUUUAAGGACCAGUUGGAACUUUUGUACGCGGCUGGACCGAACAUAGCAGCAGAGAGGGUGUCCCAGCUACUCUCCCUUGCGACCACACUGUGCUCCCAGGAAUCAGCCAACUUGGGCCUUCCUGACUUUCCUGUGGACAAUCUCCUACCUGGCCUUAAUGUUCUGAAUGUUUUCCCCAUGAUGUCUUCACAGCAGUUUGUUCAGAGACUUUACCCCUACCAAAGUAUGUUGGGCAAGGAUGGGCUAAGCUCUGUGGAGACUGUCCUGAGCAAAUUUGAGCUUCUGGAUGGCGGUCGCAAGACAUCAAGCAGCGCUGUCGUCGGUGUGUCCAGAACAAACACGGAGGGCGUUGCAGAUGUCACCUUGCGAGUUGCAGAUAAAGAUAUUACGUUUCAGGUCCCUGCAGGCACCAAGGAGCCUCGACCGCCCAACAGUAGCUCUGCCUUCAUCAGCACCCCGAGCCACACGCAGUUGAUUGCUGACAUGAUGCAGUCGCACAUGGUGAAGGAUAUGUGUCUCAUAGGAACUAAGGGUUGUGGCAAGUCGGUGAUUGCCAAAGAGUUUGCUGCCAUCCUGGGUUAUAGCAUCGAGCCUGUCAUGCUUUACCAGGACAUGACAGCCAGGGAUCUCCUCCAGCAGAGGUUCACGCUUCCCAACGGUGACACGGCAUGGCGUCCGUCGCCACUGGUCACCGCCGCCAUGGAAGGCAAGCUUCUGCUGUUGGACGGUAUACACAGGGUCAACUUGGGAACACUGGCUGUCCUUUCGAGAUUACUUCACGAUAGGGAGUUGGAUCUGUAUGAUGGCACCAGGCUGCUGAGGUGGGACAGAUACCAGGCGCUGAAAGAAGAACAGAACUUUACCGACGAGCAACUUAAAGAGAGGUCAAUCUUCGCCAUCCACCCGUCGUUCCGAGUGCUUGCGCUGGCUGAGCCUCCGCUGGUAGGCGCUAGCGCAAGUAAUAGCGGCAGCAGCAAUAAAGGUCAGCAGUGGCUGAAUCCUGAAUUGCUCACUAUGUUCCUGUACCACACCGUCAGCCCGCUGGCCCGAGCCGAGGAAGUCGACCUUUUGCAAGGACUGUCUCCAAACGUUCCAAAGGAGGCAGCUGAACAACUACUGCACCUCACGCACACCCUCCGACAAACAAAUGACCCUACGGCACAGUCCUUGGCCUCCUCCCUUUCCACCAGACAGCUGCUACGGAUUUGUCGCAGACUCUCUCGCUAUCCCGAGGAGAGCAUUGCGCACGCUGUCAACAAGGCUUGCCUUUCCAGGUUUCUUCCCAGCUUGGCCCGUGGUUCGCUCCAGAAAAGCCUGGCCAACUGUUCCAUAGAAGAAACUCCCGCCAAUGAACAUACACGUGACCUCUCCUGUAUGGUCAAAGACGGAGUACUAACUAUCGGCAAAGUGUCUGCUCCUGUCUACAGCCCAAAUGAGAAAAUGAAGGUUCCAGAUGUACUCUUCUACGAUAAUCCCCAGCACAUGACGGUGAUGGAGGAUAUGUUAAAAGAUUUUCUAUUGGGAGAGCACCUCCUUUUGGUAGGCAACCAGGGUGUGGGCAAGAACAAAAUAGUAGAUCGGUUCCUACACCUUCUGAACAGACCCAGAGAGUAUCUACAGCUGCACAGGGAUACCACAGUGCAGACACUGACGCUGCAGCCUUCGGUCCGAGACGGUAUCAUCACAUAUGAAGAUUCGCCACUGGUCAAGGCCGUAAAGAUGGGGCACAUUUUGGUGAUCGACGAGGCCGACAAAGCUCCCACAAAUGUCACCUGCAUCCUCAAAACCCUAGUGGAAAGCGGAGAGAUGAUUCUGGCUGACGGACGCAGAAUUAUCUCUGAUCCACUUGAAGCAAACGGGAGGGCUAACGUCAUCGCCAUGCACCCAGACUUCAGGAUGAUGGUGCUGGCCAACCGACCAGGCUUUCCCUUCCUGGGCAACGACUUCUUUGGAGCUUUAGGCGACAUCUUCAGCUGCCAUGCCGUGGACAAUCCCAAACCCAGGGCUGAGCUCGCCAUGUUGAAGCAGUACGGCCCCGGCGUUCCCGACAGUACUCUGGAGAAGCUUGUCGCCGCCUUUGGAGAGCUCCGGUCCAUGGCCGACCAAGGCACCAUUUCCUACCCGUAUUCUACUCGAGAGGUGGUCAACAUUGUCAAGCAUCUCCAGAAAUUCCCCAACGAGGGUCUAGCCAAUGUGGUUCGGAACGUCUUUGACUUCGACUCGUAUAACAAAGACACGCACGACGUCCUGAUCGAGGCGCUGCACAAGCACGGCAUUCCCAUCGGAGCCAAGCCCAACUCUGUCAAGAUGGCCAAGGAGUUGCCUCUGCCAGAAGCCAAGAUGACAGGGUUUUGGACGAUAAAUCAAAAAGGCAAUGCCCGGCGCAAAAUGCUAUGUCCUUCUGAGACGCAUCGCAUUGACGUCAAGGGUCCCGUCUACCUGCGUGUUCAAACCUAUCCGUGCAACAGGCAGGAGAGCCGGGCUUUGAGUUUCAGUGAGGAAAAAGCCCACUGGCAGAUACCCAUGAACGAAGUCAACAUCAUCUGCGAUGUCACUACUAAAGAUGACACUCUAUAUGUGGCCACAUGUAACCCGGUUACGCUGUACUCUAUGAAGGAGCGCGGCGAUACUAUUCAGUGCGUGGAACUUUACGACAUCUUCCCCAGGACUCUCAGUGGGGUCUGGCAGCCCUUUGUUACUGUGGCCCCCCUUGGAAGUCCAUUGGAAGGCCAGGCGGUUUUGCACGAGGAACAGAGUAACACGGUGCUCCAUGUGGACAUGGCCACAGGUGCAGUGCGGAGGCUCAUGUUGUCAGCGGGUAAUGAGUCUCCCCCCAGCAGUACAUCUAAUUGGUGGAGCGGUAAAGAAACGCAGGGGGACUUUAAAAUGUGUGGCAACUUCGCCCACAAGAACUGGCUGCUGUUCUACAAGGAAUACGGCAAUCAGUUGGAGGUACUGGAUGUGCUGGAGGGCCAAGUUCACACCAUCUCACUGCCCAUCAAUCUCAAGUCCGUCUUUCUCGUGGCCGAAGACCGCUGGCUGCUCUUGGAGAACGACACAAACAAGAAGUUCCUGCUGACCAAGCCCAUGCACAUGGGGGCUGAGGAUUCGGGCGUUUGUCAGCUGCACAGCAUCAGCGAGGACCCUGUCAGCUCGGGACACGGGGCCACCAGUGCAGAUAACGUGUCGGUACCCCAGAUGCUAUCAUCUGAUCAGCUCCCCAACGAGAAUCUAAGCUCCGCCCUCAGUCAAAAGAUUGCCUCCCCGAAUCGCGUCAUGGCUGACACCGGCACCUUUGCACGAGUCAUUGUGGGCUUUCCAGACCUUAUGUCUCCCAAUGAAGUGUACAGCUUUACGAGGGCAGUCGACCUAUCGGAGAUGAAUACCAGCGACGGCGGCGCCCACAUGUUCCUCAGAGGUGGCUUGCGGACUUCCGUGGCCAAACAAAACAAUUGUGUUAGUUUGCUGUCAGCCAAUCAGGUCGUUCGGGCCCUUCCCCCGAGCAAGGUUCCCCUGAAAGAGGUCUAUCCCAAAGACGUGACCCCUCCGAUGACGGCGGCCUACCUGGAAGUGACUGAUCUCAACUCGAAAAAAGUCAAAUAUAUUCCUGUCCCGAGGUCGAUGUCCGUGUCACCCUACACUAACUGGCUGUCCAAGGUUUCGGAGACCGACGUCCUGAUGGCGCCGCUCGACACGGGUGGCGUGGUCACAGUCGACAUGGGAGGCCACGUGCGACUCUGGGAGACGGGAAUGGACACAUUGCAGCGGUCGCUGAUGGAGUGGAGAAAUAUGAUUGGCUCUGAGGACGGCAGGCCUGUGCAGAUUACCAUCCAGAGGGACAGCGGCUUGGAUGUCUCUGCCCCGAAACAUGGCAAGGUGGAUCCUAAGAAUGCACCCCAUGUGGGCGGAAACCAGUGGGCGGGUGGAACAGGAGGUCGAGAUACUGCAGGGCUGGGCGGGAGAGGGGGCCCGUAUCGCUUGGAUGCGGGACACAAGGUGUUCCAGGUUUCCCAGGCAGAGAAGGACGCUGUCCCAGAGGAAGUCCGCAAAGCUGCGCGAGAAAUAGCAGAAAAAGCCUUCAAAGACAGGCUGAAGGAGAUCGACAUGAGUGAAUAUGACGCUGCUACCUACGAGCGUUUCUCCAAGGCUGUCAGGAGACAAGUUCAGUCCCUGCGCACCAUCCUGGAGACUUUGCAGGCCAAAGCCAAAGAGCGCCAGUGGUUAAAGAACCAGGCUCUGGGAGAUCUGGAUGAUGCUAAAAUCAUCGACGGCCUCACUGGCGAAAGGGCCAUAUAUAAACGGCGAGGAGAAUUGGAUCCCGAGCCCGGCACGCCCCAGCAAAAGCCCAAACGUCUGCGAGUGCUCGCCGACGUGUCGGGAAGCAUGUAUCGCUUCAACGGCGUGGACGGCCGCCUGGAACGCUCCAUGGAGGCUGUGUGUAUGGUCAUGGAGGCUCUGGAGAACUAUGAGCACAAGUUCAAGUACGACAUCAUGGGUCACUCGGGCGACGGCUACGACAUCGAACUGGUCCGAGCGGACAAAGUCCCCAAGAACAACAAGCAAAGGCUUAAAGUUCUCAAGACGAUGCACGCCCACUCUCAGUUCUGCAUGAGCGGCGACUAUACGCUGGAGGGCACGGAAGCCAGCAUCAAGGAGCUGGCGCGGGAAGAGGCCGACGAGCAUUUUGUGGUGGUGCUGAGCGACGCCAAUCUGGAGCGCUACGGCAUCCGGCCCGAGCGCUUUGCCCGGGUCCUCACCUCGGACCCCCAGGUCAACGCCUUCGCCAUUUUCAUCGGGUCUCUAGGCGAUCAAGCCGAAAGACUCCAAAAGACCCUACCGGCUGGGAGAUCCUUCAUUGCUAUGGAUACCAAGCAGAUCCCCCAAAUAUUGCAGCAGAUCUUCACAUCCACCCUGCUGUCCACUGUCUGACGGUGAUGCUGACUGAUGUCUCACAAAUGUUAACUCUUUUAUUUUUUUGUUUUUUCGCGAGUCUUCGGAUCACCGAGCUUCUCGGAAAGGAGCGAGGAAUGCCCCACCUGAGUGAGGACGUUUUUUUAAAAGCGUCCGCGUCAGCCCUCCGACGGCACCGAGCGUCGUCUCAGUUCUCCAUGGAAUCUGGGAUCUUAUUUCAUGGUCAGACCUCCCACUCUUUUCCCACAAGUGACUCGAUGCAGAGUGUGUGGACAUUAAUUUUUACACAAGUGGUGGAUAUUUCGAAGGCCUUUUACUUGGGGGAAAAAAGUGUAAUAUUAACAUCUUCAGAAAUUAACCCUUUCAAGGACAGUGCUCAAUGGACAAUGGACAGCUAUUCAAAAGAUCUUUAACCCCCUUUAUGGGGAAAGUGGCUAUUUUUUUGUCAUUUACAAGGGUAGCAAUUAUUAUUAUAUGAUCAAACUUUUUUUUUUUUAAUAUAUGGUGGAAAACACAGACAAGACUGAAAAAGCAGUUUCUGCUCUUGCACCCCUCUUUAAAAUAAACUGCUGUAUUUUAAGCCAAAAGAACUGUUGUGUUUGAUAGAACAAUAUGUCUAUAUGCUGCCAUAGCAGAUUCAUGGCGCAUUAAGCCCCCGAACUAUUUUUAAUUUGCCUGUUUUACCCCGGACCCCCCGUUUACAGAUGUUGCACAACCGUUUUAGUUUGAACCUAGCCAUAAAAAGAAGGUAAGUAAUUAUAUUUAUUAUUUAAAAUGUCUGUCAUUUUUAGCUUAGAAUCAUUAAUUGGUGUCCAAUAUUCAGUUUGGGAAAAAAAUGACUUAAAUUAUCCACUGGCAUAUUUUAAACUUUUAAACAAAUUACGUCACAAUGAAAAAUUUGGCUUCUGUAAAAAGUCACGGAUAUCUACCUCAUAACUAGCGCUUAAUUGUAUUUUUUUUUUGUUACUGUUGCAUUUUUUCUGAUAUGUUAGAUGAUAAAUAAUCGAUCCAAACAAACAAACAAAAAAAAAACGUUUAAAAGGGUAACUAUCUGAAAAAGAAAAUCUCAACCACUCCUUGUCUGCGAUUUCUGCAUCGUGACCCUUGUUAUAUCACCAUGUUUCACCCAUAAAAUAAAAAAAAAAAAAAAUAAGACUGUGGCCAUUCACAGAUGUGUCUUGACACUCGGUGAAACAUGCUACAUGGAGUUUUUGGGUCGAAACAAGGUAAGUACGCAAUAAUAUCUCGUUACAAUUAAAGAUGCACCGAUGCUGAUACUAGUAUCGGCAGGGGGGCGCCGAUCCGGCCCGAAAUGGUGGUAUCGGCGAGUACCAACAAAGACGUCGCCGAUACCAUUUCCCGUUCCAUUAUUAUAACAUUUGACCGUAACCUUUUUUUCCUCCUGGCACUCACUACACUCUGUCUCUGUGUUGUGUGAUGACACGUGAACACCAAGCAGCUAUCGCUAUUGGCCUGCUCAAGACCAAUGAGAGCGGGCCAAUGGCCACUCCUGACCAAUGACAAGGCCGCUUUUUCAUAUGGAGGAAAAACAAACCAGGAGAAUUGGCGGCGGUCGGGAAAUAUUUCAAAAUAGAAAUCCCAUCAAUUAAAAUUAAUGGCUGCAUGCAAGAUGCGGCCUGAAAGUUUCGAGUUGUGGAGUUAAAUCAGCCAGUUUCAAUACCUCGAACCUGAUAAAACAUUUGAAGAUGAAACGUGAACGAACACAACGAGUUUGAGCCUGCAAGAGCAGGACUGCUAUCCAGAGGAAGGGCGCUGGACCGGAGCAACAAUCUCUGGUCAGUUCACUACGUCUACUUUACUUUUAUUGUCUUUUACUGAAAGAAAUGCCGCAGUAAUUUGGGAACUGUUUCCAAAGUAGGGUUGCCACCUUUCGGAAAUAGAAAUAAGGGGCUCCGCCCUCCCGAAGAAAAGGAGGCUAAUAGAGAGAUGGGAUGCUGUGGUCAAUUAUUAUUACUUAUAAUUGUUAGCGUCCGCAAAUGCGGAAACAAGGUUGGACCUCAAAGCGGACAACAAGCGGGGGUCACGUACAAGGGUUUAAUUAUUGCAAAUAAAAAAAUAACACGCGAUCGCGGGAUAGAAGAAAUAACAAAAGGAGUCCGUGACAGCAGGUCGACGGAGCUCAAUACUACAAACUCGAAGGUUUACUAAGACGAUAGGCAGCGAGCCAAAAAGCCAAAAUAAAAACACUCAAAUACCUGCACAGGGUAGAGGUUACAAACGAGAGCGGCACACUAACAGAAAAAACCCAAUGCAGGGGCGUAACAAGCAAAUGUAGCGAGACUAAUAGUGCGAGAUGUCAAAUGGCGAUCAGCAAGGCAAAUAUCUUGACAGCCUUCUCUGAGAUCACCCGUGCUUAAAUGCUGCGUUGAUGAGCCUGCAUUGGAUUCCGGUGCGACGUCAGGAACGCCCCCACUACCAGCCCAGCAACAAAACACAAUCUAACCAGCAGCAGAAUGUGACAAUAAUUUCAUGAAAGUUGCAUUGUUUGGCCUUUGAGAGGUUUAAAAAGUUUAUUCAGUUCAAUUAUUAUGAAUUUAUUUUUACUUUCUUACUGUUGGGCUAGUAUUAUACAUGUUUGAUUAAUUUCACAAAUGUAGCACUAUUUUGGCCUUUGAGAGCCAAAGGUUUAUUCAACUAUUGUCUACUAGGGACUAUUCACUUCUUACUAGUCUUUUUCCUAUUUUGCAAAGGUAAGCAACAGCCUGACAAAGCCUUGAUGGCAAUGAUUUCACAUCCAAUUAUGUAGCUCUUUGGGGGGAGGGGGGGGAUAUAUACUGCACAGUCAGGUAUCGGUAUCGGGGCUAAAAAAUGGAAAAAUGGUAUCGGUGCAACACUAGUUACAAUCGUGGCGUCUUUAAUUUUGCUCUCGUGUGCUCUCGCCUCCAGUUAGGGUUUUGCUGUUUAAUUUUUUUUUUUUUUUUUAAAUGCCCUCCUGUUCAAAAUUUUUCUUCCUCCAGAAAAUAGAGAUUUUAAGCUUUCCAAUGAUGUAUCACACAUGCAUAUCGGACAAUUUUGAAAUUUGGCCAAAUUGGGGGUCUCAGAGCGGAGUUUAAAGUCAGCUUAGUGUUUUCCACCAUAUACAUUAUUUUUUGGAUGAAAAGUCGCACCUGAGUAUAAGUCGCAUCAGCCAGAGAAUGCACAAAGACAAGGGAAAAAAUGUGCACUAAAGGGUUAAACCAUUUUUUCUCGUACAUUUAAGAUGGUUAAUUUUGAUAACUGUAUUUGAAUAUCUCAAUAAAUUAGGAUGUCACUUAAAAGUUCAUGUUUUAGUAGUCGAAAGUCAACACUAAUUUAACUGCGCACUAUAAUCAUCAAUAUGAUGAAUGAAAUAGUUAACUUUCUGUCUUGGAGCUAUAUAAUAAAUGACUGAAAUGGUCAAAAUACAGAAGAAGGUCGAGUUUUGACGCAAGCGUGAGCACUUAUAGCACACAAAUGAGUUUUCAACUUGACGUUAAAGUGGUUUAUCAGCUGUUUCCCUUUUAAAAGUCCAGAGCAGAACACAAACGCCUACUACCAAGAAACAAUGGCAGUUCAUGGAAACCUGUCCACGCAUGGUCGCUUUUUCUGUGUAAUCACUCACCUUCUCAAGCGGCUGUUUCUGAGAAUGUCCCACAAUGCACCGCUGUUCUGUGCCGUGACCUCUGUCCAGAUGGUAAUUACACAGUGUUCCACUUUCAAGCUCCUGCGCCAUGUCAUUUUAUUGACACACUGUGUAACUCUUAUUUAGGGAAAAGUCACCUGCCGUAUAAUAAGUAAGUGAAACCCCUGCCAAAGGAGACUUAAAGAGAGAUUGAAACCAAUUUUUACCAAACAAUUUAAGUUAGGUGUGUGCCCAAUCACUGAUGAGUGGUUUAAAGCUGCCCUGCCCACUAUAAAACACACACCUGGUAAGAAUUGUCUUGAUUAGAAGCGUUGUUUGAUGUGCAUCAUGGCUCAGUCAAAAGUGUCUAAAGACCUGCAAUCAAGGAUUGUCGAUUUGUAUAAAGCUGGGAAAAGAUACAAAACCAUCUCUAAAAGUCUGGAUGUUCAUCAAUCGGCAGUCAGAGAUGUUUUCUACAAAUGGAGAGAGUUUGGCACCGUUGCUUCUCUCCUGAAGAGUGGCCGUCCACCAAAGAUGACGCCAAGAGUUCAGCGCAGAAUACUCAGAGAGCUAAAAAGAACACCAGAGUGUCUGCUAAAGACUUACAGAAAUCACGGGCAAAGUGCAAUAUCUCUGUGCACACAACAACUAUAUGUUAAACUAUGCCCAAGAAUGGUGUUCAUGGGAAGACUCCACGGAGGAAGCCACUGCUGUCUGAAAAAAAAAAAAAACAUCUAACAAAAUGUUUUGUGGACUGAUUAAACCAAAGUUGAAUUGUUUGGGAGUAACACGCAACAUCAUGUGUGGAGGAAAAAUGGAACAGCUCAUCAACAUCAACACCUCAUCCCCACUGUGAAGCAUAGUGGAGGGAGCAUCAUUGAUUUUGGGGCUGUUUUGCUAACUCAGGGCCUGGACAACUUGCAAUCAUUAAUGGAAGAAUGAAUUCAAAAGUUUUGCAGGAAAACCUGUGGCCGUCUGUCAGACGGUUGAAACUAAAAGGAGGAUGGAUGCUGCAACAAGACAAUGAUCCAAAACGCACUUUCUGGAGUGACCAAGUCCAGACUUGAACCCCACUGAGAUGCUGUGGCAUGACCUAAAGACAGCGAUUCAUGCCAGGCAUCCCAGGAAUUAGACUGAACUACAGCAGUUUUGUAGAGAAGAGUGGGCCAAGAUUAGUCCUGAUCGAUAUGCCUACUAAUCUGCAGCUACAGGAAGCGUCUGGUUGAAGGUAUUGCUGCCAAAGGGGGUACAUAAUAUUAAAUGUGAUGGUUCAGCUACUUAUUUUUCCAACUUUUAUUAUUGUUUGCAUACUAUCCUCAUUAAAAUAUGAAAACCUAGAAAUGUUUGGGUGGUUUUAAAGCAGACUCUGUUUUUUCAUAUGUAUGAUUUUGACAAAGAUCAGAUCACAUCUGAUGGUGAUGUUAUGCAGAAAUGUCAGAAAUUCCAAAAGUUUCAGAUACUUUUUCAUACCACUGUAAAGCAAUCGCAACCCUACGCGUUGUCUGUCCGUGCGGUAAAACGUGAAAGGGAAAC